AUGGGGGAACGAGGAAACAACAGUAAAGAAGGCAAAAACACGGAGAUGAAGGACAAAGUUCAAAUCGCAACUCAGAAUCUUGGGGAUCCUCUGACUCUUCAGUCUUCGGACCAUCCAGGUAUGGUUUUAGUGUCUGCUCCUCUAGUAGGGGCAAACUUUAGAUCCUGGUAUAGAGCCAUUAGGAUAGCCCUAGGAGCCAAACAGAAACUCGAAUUUAUAGAGGGUACCGUUACAGUGCCUGAUAAAGAGUCUGAUUCGUAUGAACAAUGGAAGCGGUGUGACUUUAUGGUCACAUCCUGGAUCUUGAACUCUAUAUCUAGAGAGUUGGUAGAUGGUUUCAUUUACACAGCCUUAGCCAGGGAUCUCUGGCUUGAAAUCACAGAAAGAUUUGGUGAAUGUAAUGGCACCAUGAUCUAUGAGCUGAGAAGGAAAAUAUCCUUGAUAUCUCAAGACAAUGCCUCCGCAUCUGUCUAUUUCACAAAAUUAAAGGGGCUUUGGGAUGAAUUGGGCUCAAUGGAAACUCUUCCACCAUGCACAUGUGGUGCAUCAAAGGCAAUAGAUGAGCUAAAUAAUAGAAAUAGGUUAAUGCAAUUCCUUAUAGGAUUGAAUGAUGCCUACGGGACAGUUAGAGACCAGAUCCUAGGCAUGGAUCCUUUGCCCUCUGUGAAUAAAGCCUAUUCUAUGGUACUCAAAUUUGAGUCUCAGAAGGACAUUCUGGGAAGUAUAAAUGGGAACACUGAACCUUUAGUCUUGAUGAAUAGGACGCAUAAAUAA